AUGGACGCAGCAACACUGUGCACCGUCGCUGUCGCACUCACAGUCCUUCCAAACAGAUCCCAGUUCUUCAUGUACGAGUCCAUGACUUUGACCUGUGGGCAGCUGGGGAACUCCUCCGACUGGAGAGUGAUGAUGAACACGUCCCCAAACGCGACUCGAGAGUGUCGCGGUUCCGGGAAUGAAACCGACAAGUCCAGCUGCUUCAUUGAUCACGUCCUACAGUUAGACGCCGGCGUUUACUGGUGUGAGUCUGAAGCAGGAGUCCGCGGUGACAUCAUCAACAUCUCCGUGGCAGAUGGCGAUGUGAUCCUCGGGGCUCCCGUCCAUCCUGUGGCGGAGGGAGAUGACGUGACUCUGCGAUGUGAACGCCCGACGCCGUCCUCCAACCUCACCGCCCGCUUCUAUAGAGACGAUCUUUUCGUGCUGAGCAGCGCCUCGGGAAACAUGACCAUGCGCGACGUCUCCAAGUCGCACGAAGGACGGUACAGGUGCGUCUUAGGAGAUGAGGAGUCACCUGACAGCUGGCUGACCGUCACAGUGCAACAUCGAGAGCGGCCUCACUCACACCUCUUGCGCAUUCUACUUCCUGUGACGGGUGCCUGCCUGUGGUUGGUGCUGUCAGUGCUCUGCUUCUACAGAUGCCUCAAAGGUAAACGUGACUCCGAUCUUUCGUACACGGACGUCGUGAUCGCACAGGGACAUAAACCGCCGCGGAUCAAAGAAACCAGACGCAUCUCCGGUGAAUUCCCACUUUCUUUUCUGACAGAUCUGUCAGACCACAAACAUGUCUCUCCUUUUGUGUCAACCUCACGGCUCUGUUGUUGUCGCAGGCGUGUCAACACUUUGUCUUCUCCACAGACGUGAACGCGACUUCGACCGAGUACUCUACUGUCAAAUUGGAGCCGCCAAACAGGACACAGCAGCGGCAUCACUGUUGAAAUGUACAAUG